GCUCCUCCUGCCCAGCCGCUGCCAGCCCCUCAGUCCCGCUGUGCUGGCGCGGUGCGGGCAGCCCGGCCGGUGCGGUUCCUUCGCUUCGCCUGGCUCCCAAAGGCACCGAGACAGCGGAGAGACUCCCGGCCGCCCGGCGCGUGAGAGACAGCACCCGGCCGAGGCUGGGGCAGAGCCGCAGCCGCUUUGUGUCGCCCGGGGAGCCUCCAGAGGAUACAAGGAAAUUAAAUGCAGUGAUCCCAGCCAAUUCCAGCCUCAAAGGAAGGUGAAAAUCUGCUCAAAUUACUCAAAUUAAUACUGCCAGAAAUCUGCUGAAUUUCCUACAAGCUGUAAUGUUUUCUUCCUCCUCCACAAGAUUUUAAGUAUUGAGACUCUGAAGAACAAACGUGAAGGAUGCCAUCUGAGAGGUGCCUCAGUAUUCAAGAAAUGCUGACAGGUCAGAGGCUUUGCCAAUCCAGUUCACAUAAUGAUGCUGUCUUGGCGGCCCUGAACCAACAAAGAAGUGAUGGUAUACUGUGUGACAUCACCCUCAUUGCAGAAGACCAGAAAUUCCAUGCACAUAAGGCAGUACUUGCAGCAUGCAGUGAUUAUUUCCGAGCAAUGUUCAGUCUCUGUAUGGUUGAGAGUGGAGCUGAUGAAGUGAAUUUGCAUGGUGUCACAAGCCUAGGUUUAAGGCAGGCCCUGGACUUUGCAUACACUGGACAGAUUCUGUUGGAGCCAGGAGUAAUCCAGGAUGUGCUGGCAGCUGGUAGUCACCUGCAGCUGUUGGAGCUCCUCAGUUUAUGUUCUCACUAUCUCAUCCAGGAAUUAAAUAGCUUUAAUUACUUGGACCUGUAUAAGCUCGCUGACCUCUUCAACCUCACUUUGCUGGAGAAGGCAGUGGUUGACUUCUUAGUUAAACACCUCUCUGAGCUGUUGAAGAGUCACCCGGAGGAAGUCCUGACUCUCCCAUACUGUCUCCUUCGAGAGGUCCUGAAGAGUGACCGACUCACUUCCCUUAGCGAAGAGCAAAUCUGGCAGCUAGCUGUGAGGUGGUUGGAACACAACUGCCGCUAUCAGUACAUGGAUGAACUUCUCCAGUAUGUCCGCUUUGGCCUUAUGGAUGUGGAUACACUACAUACUGUAGCCCUUUCUCAUCCUCUUGUCCAAGCUAGUGAAACUGCGACAGCACUUAUUAAUGAGGCCUUGACAUACCACCAGAGCAUCUAUGCACAGCCAGUUUGGCAGACCAGACGGACGAAACCUCGCUUCCAGUCGGACACUCUUUACAUUAUCGGUGGGAAAAAACGUGAGAUCUGUAAAGUAAAAGAACUCCGGUACUUCAAUCCAGUAGAUCAGGAGAAUGUUCACAUAGCGGGGAUUGCAAACUGGAGUGAACUGGCUCCCAUGCCUGUUGGGAGAAGUCACCACUGUGUAGCUGUCAUGGGAGACUUUCUGUUUGUAGCUGGUGGAGAGGUUGAGCAUGCCACAGGCCGCACUUGUGCGGUAAGGACUGCCUGUCGGUAUGACCCCCGUAGUAACUCUUGGGCUGAGAUAGCUCCAAUGAAGAACUGCCGGGAACAUUUUGUAUUGGGAGCUGUGGAUGAGAACCUCUAUGCGGUAGGGGGACGAAAUGAACUGCGUCAAGUUUUGCCUACAGUCGAGCGGUAUUGUCCCAAGAAGAACAAGUGGGCCUUUGUUCAGUCCUUUGACAGAUCCCUUUCAUGUCAUGCAGGAUCUGUGGUGGAUGGACUUCUUUGGAUAUCAGGAGGAGUAACAAAUACUGCACAAUACCAGAACAGGCUAAUGGUAUAUGAUCCUAAGCAGAAUAAGUGGAUAAGCCGAAGCCCCAUGUUACAGAGGAGAGUGUACCAUUCCAUGGCUGCUGUCCAAAGGAGACUUUAUGUUUUAGGCGGGAAUGAUUUGGACUACAAUAAUGAUCGGAUUCUUGUACGCCACAUAGACUCCUAUAACAUAGACACUGACCAAUGGACGCGCUGCAGCUUCAACAUGUUGACAGCACUUUUACAAGGGUGGACCUCCACUGACUUCAAUGGAAUCACGCCUGAUUUAGGAACCAAUGCAGAGCCCAUUGAUGUCAACAGGAGUCUUUCCCUUGCUGCUCUAAGAGAGAAGAGAAUCAGGCACAAAACAUUUAAGAAGAGUGUUCUUUUGGAGCAUUGCAGGCUACAUUUUCAAAACAAUGCAACUAAAAGGAGUUUAGUUAAACAGUCAAAAUAAUAAAAUGAUUAAAUCUUAUUUCCCUUUUCACUAGGUGCUUAAUUGCACCAAUGGAAAUAUCUCACUUUUUUGAGUACACAAAGGCAAUUCAACUAUUCCUUGCACUCCUUGAAAAUGCAGUUUUAUAGGGUCUGCUGCUGGUGGUGGUGUUCAGAGUAUUUAUGGAGAUGCAUAAAAGUCCCAUACUUAUUACUACACAAUAGUGUCUUAACAGGAUGCCAGAAAGGAGUUUAUUUAUUAGAACUAAAUCCAAUCAGCGAUGAGUAGAUUAGCAUUGACGGACGUUGGAUUUGAAAACUUCCUCGUAAGUAGCUUGAGGGAUCAUUGCAGUAACAGCUACCAAAGCAGCGCACCUCAUUUACCUGUGCUACACACAUUACCAAGCAUCAUGACUGUCUGAUGUGCCUCUCAGAUAUACUAUUGACUAUAAGCAGCGAGGAGAGACAGCCAACAUUAUGCCAGGAAAGUAAUGUGUCCCAGGAGUAAACCAGUGGCAGCUGCCUUGGGAGCCACAUUAAAAGAGGCAUCUCCAGAACCACACUGCAGGAAUGCUGAGAUCAUUCCAUCAUUGGCCUGACUUGAACAACUGUUCCUUCAGAUGCAGAGUUUCUGGUCGCCCAAAUGCUGGUUCUUGUGGCUGCUCAAUCAGCUGUAAGAGUCCUAGAAUCUUGCUCGGUUGUUGUUCAGAAUCCUUUGUAUAGGUACCACAACAACUUUCUUGAUGCAGCCCGACAAAGGAUUCUGGAGCUAAAGGCUGAGCAGCAGCGAGAACAGGGAGUUUGCUCAGCUGGUUAAGUUGGGGGAAGGGAGUAAUACACAGUGGUCACCAAAUCUCAUCUUCAGUUAGGUUGCUUUAAGGGCCAGCUUGAUGUCAACAGCAUUCUUUAAGUAUUACUUUGAGGCUGCUACUUCUGGAAGCAAAGACAUAGAUAAUACACAUGUCUGGCUGUUUGGUGGCUGCGUCAGGGAAUCAAAAUGCCAGACUUAAUUGAGUUAAUCUAUUUCCUGUUGAUAGAUACCUGGAACUGGUAAAACAGGGGCGGGACUAAACUUUGUUUUAAAUUAAGUUUCCUUUCCAUCCUUCUCUUCCCCCCUCAGUGCUUUUAAAGGUGCAGGGUUGACAGCCUCUGGCAAAGAAACACUUUGUUCUUGCACAGAAUAGGCAGCACAACAGGAGCAGUGGCAAUGUGGGCUUCCUCACUUUGGAUGUGUCUGAGCACCUCUGAAGUCAACGGGAUCAGUAGCAGGGCCUGUGCUUCAAACCUGACCUUGAAGGAAUGGUUCCAAGGAUGAGGGUACUUUUUCCUCUCUGUGCCUUCAGUACUCAGCCUCUCUGUUGAGACUGCCACUAAAGAUUCCACUUACAGCUGUGCUUGGUGAUGGGACACUGAGUUUUAAACAGUGUUUACAUUUUUCUAGAAUGUCAUUAACAUGUGCGGAUUUCUUAAACAGGCUUUUGCUAUUUAAAAUAGGAUUGAGAUUUGUAGAAUAACUUCUGCUUUUAGCUAUACCCAUCUAACCCCGUAGAAUUCAAGAGGUCUGCACACGUGCCAGUUUGGUUUCAUUGGUCUAACAGUGUACCCUGUUAGAGUAGUAUGUUUAUAUUAAACAUAUGGAAUACACGCACACAAACACGUAUAGUUGUAGAUACAUGCACACGAGGCUUAUUUCCUACUUCAGAGAUGUAUUAGUAUCUAGUAUUUCUUACGCUACUGAAAAUAAUGUUUUUAAAAUAUACUUUUCUUUAAUACACUUUAAACUUUGCAGUCUGUUCCCUAUUCAAGUGUUACUAACCUGGCUUGCAGUGUGUGGUUUUUGGCAUCAUCUCUGUCCUUCAGGAUAGCACUCAAAUUGCAUUCCUGGGGAUAGCACAUGAUAAGCCCUUCUCUCCACUUUAACUGCCAGAAUUGGUAGUUCUGAAACUGUCAUGUUACAGCAAAUCCAUGUGCAUCUCAUGAAUGAAAUCUCCAACUUUUGAUACUAACAGAGUUAAUUAAAAGAUGCGAGUGCUUUCGAUUUCC